CACGCACACACGCGCAGGCACGUUUAGAGUGAGAGGAGGGGAGAGUGGUGCGCGCUGCCUAGCUGAAGAGGGGUUCCUAAUCAAAGCGCAUCAGGGCCGCUCAUUCUCCACUGGAGGGCGAGUGGUACAAGAGCACCGGGACACUCCGGCAGCAGUGAGACAGAGCAGACAGUCGGAGGAGGACGGGGUAGAGCCGCAGCAGCUGGAAGACACAGACAGGUACAGACACAGAGAGAGAAACCCCGACCCGGACUCUGAAAAAGCAUCAUUUCUUUCCGCCGUUGGAUUAAACCCGCCCCGACCCGUCUCCAGAACCGAAAUCACGCCAAGACAUGAGCUUCUCCCGCUGAACGUUAUUGAUGCUGAACUGAGUGGUCCAGUGCUGUCCUCCAGUGUCCUCCCCUCCCCUCAGUUUUCUGUCCCUCUGUCUGUCACCUGGUUUGUGAGCAGCCAUGACGAAGUCCUACGAGUUCAACUGGCAGAAACACCUGCCUGAGUUCAUGCAGGAAGGCACCUCCUUUGAUCGGUUUGAUGAGGACCCGUACACCUUUGAGCCCAACUGUCAGAUGAAGGUGGACGAGUAUGGCUUCUUCAUCACCUGGAAGAGUGAGGGAAAGGAAGGCCAAGUUCUCGAGUGUUCCCUCAUCAACAGUAUCCGUGUUGGUGCCGUCCCAAAGGACCCCAAGAUCUUGUCAUCAUUUGAGGCCAUUGGAAAGACGGAGGCAGACUUAGAGGGCUGCAUCAUCUGCAUCUGCAGCGGCACAGACCUGGUCAACCUCAACUUCAUGUUCAUGGUGGCGGAGAGCCCCGACACAGCCAGGAAGUGGAUCGAGGGUUUGAGGUCAGUGAUUCACAAUUUUAAGGCCAACAACGUCUGUCCAAUGACCUGCCUCAAGAAACAUUGGAUGAGAAUGUGCUUCCUGACCAAUGUGAAUGGGAAGAUUCCUGUGAGAGGCGUUACUCGAACUUUUGCAUCAGGAAAGACAGAGAAGGGGAUCUUUCAGGCUCUAAAGGAUCUUGGCCUUCCUAGUGGAAAGAAUGAUGAGAUUGAACCAUCAGAUUUCACCUAUGACAUUUUCUACGCGCUCACACAGAAGAUCUGCCCUCGCACAGACAUAGAGGAACUCUUCAAGAAGAUCAAUGGGAACAAAACUGAUUAUUUAACUGUAGACCAGUUAGUCAGCUUUCUGAAUGAAAACCAGCGUGACCCUAGGUUAAAUGAGAUCCUGUUCCCGUUCUACGACCCCAAGAGAGCCAUGCAGAUCAUUGAGAAAUACGAGCGAGAUGAUGAGCUAAAGAAGAAAGGUUACAUGUCCAGUGAUGGGUUCUGCCGGUACCUGAUGUCAGACGAAAACGCGCCGGUUUUCUUGGACCGGCUGGAGUUGUACCAGGAAAUGGACCAGCCACUGGCCCACUAUUUCAUCAGCUCCUCCCACAACACUUACUUGACAGGGCGACAGUUUGGAGGGAAGUCUUCAGUAGAGAUGUACCGCCAGGUCCUGCUGUCUGGAUGCAGAUGUGUGGAGCUGGACUGCUGGGAUGGGAAAGGAGAGGACCAAGAGCCCAUUAUUACUCAUGGCAAGGCCAUGUGCACAGACAUCCUGUUCAAGGAUGUUAUCCAAGCCAUCAAAGAGACAGCAUUUGUCACUUCAGACUACCCUGUUAUUUUGUCCUUUGAAAACCAUUGCAGUAAACCACAGCAGUACAAGAUGGCCAAGUAUUGUGAGGAGCUUUUUGGUGACUUCCUCCUCAAACUGCCUCUGGAAAACUACCCGAUUGAAUCUGGGCGCCCCUUACCUUCUCCAAAUGAUCUCAAACGUAAAAUCCUCAUCAAAAACAAACGCUUGAAACCUGAAGUUGAACAGAAACAGCUAGAGGCCUUUAAAAAACACAUGGAGGCAGGAGAGACCAACACCCCUGCCAUCAUUAUGGGCGAGGAGAAUGAAGACGACACAGAGAACGGAGAAAAGGAGGCUGAGGAUAAAGAUUUGAAUUCAGAGGCCCCCAGCAGUCUGUCAGAGGCAACCAGUGAGAAAGAGGCCAACAGUGUUUCCCAGAGUAACGCUGUCAGCUCAAGCAAAGAGGAAGAACACAGCAACAGUAUCAAGAAGGUGCCUGAAGAUGAAGUAGCAGAGAUAUCUGAAGCCACAGAAGCAACAGACGCCACAGAUAUCUCAGAAGCAUCUGAACAAGACAAUAACAAGAAGGUCGUGGAGGAGGCAGAAGACUCUGAAGAGGCUCUGAUAGCUCAGUACACCUAUGUAGGAGCCACGACUAACAUCCACCCGUAUCUCUCAGCCAUGGUCAACUACGCACAGCCUGUCAAGUUCCAGAGUUUUGAUGUAGCAGAAGAAAGGAACAUCCACCAUAACAUGUCAUCUUUUAACGAGUCUGUUGGCCUGGGCUAUCUGAAGACCAAUGCCAUAGAGUUUGUCAACUACAACAAGCGUCAGAUGAGCCGUAUCUACCCCAAAGGGGGCCGGGUGGACUCCAGUAAUUACAUGCCUCAGAUCUUCUGGAACGCAGGCUGCCAGAUGGUCUCACUCAACUUCCAGACCCCAGAUCUGGCCAUGCAGUUGAACCAGGGAAAGUUUGAGUACAACGGCUCCUGCGGGUACCUGCUAAAGCCCGACUUCAUGCGACGGUCAGACAGGAUGUUUGACCCUUUCUCUGAAACGCCGGUGGAUGGCGUCAUCGCUGCAACCUGCAGCGUACAGGUGUUCUCUGGACAGUUCUUGUCAGACAAGAAAAUUGGAACGUAUGUUGAGGUCGACAUGUACGGGCUGCCAACGGACACCAUCCGAAAGGAGUUCCGCACACGUAUGGUGAUGAACAACGGACUGAACCCAGCCUACAACGAGGAGCCCUUUGUCUUCAGAAAGGUGAUCUUACCGGAUCUGGCAGUACUGCGCAUCGCCGUCUAUGACGACAACAACAAGCUGAUUGGCCAGCGCAUCCUGCCUCUGGACGGCCUGCAGGCUGGCUACCGUCACAUCUCGCUGAGGAACGAGGGCAACAAGCCCCUGUCGUUGCCCACCAUCUUCUGCCAAAUCAUCCUCAAGACCUACGUGCCCGACGGCUUUGGAGCAAUUGUGGACGCCCUGUCAGACCCAAAGAAGUUCUUGACCAUUGCAGAAAAAAGAGCUGACCAGAUGAAGGCACUGGGGAUUGACACGAACGACAUAGCAGAUGUUCCUAGUGGAAGCUCAAAGAACGACAAGAAGGGAAAGGGUAAAGGAGACACUGUGAAAGCCAGUGUGACACCACAGGCCAGCUCAGACAUGGCCCAGACCUCCAACUCCGCCCAAAAUAACACAGCAGAAAACAAGAAGGAUCCUGCACUCGUGCCUAAUGUCAGCAUUGAUGACUUAAAACAGAUGAAGACGUACCUUAAAUUGUUGAAAAAGCAACAGAAGGAGCUCAACGCUUUAAAGAAGAAACACUCAAAGGAUCAAAAUACAAUGCAGAAAGCCCACUGCACCCAGGUGGACAAGAUGGUGUCUCAACAUGACAAGGAGAAGACAACCCUAGAGAAACUACUAGAGAAAGCCAUCAAGAAGCGAGGGGAAAACAACUGCCAGGAGCUCAAGAAGGAGACAGAGGAUAAGAUCCAAACACUCAUCGCUGAUCACAAAGUCAAGGUAAAGGACAUCACAGCACAGCACACUAAAGAGUGGUCAGAGCUGAUCAGUAGUCACAGCAGCGAAGAGCAGGAGAUGAAGGACAGCCACGUCACACAGCAGUGUGAACACCUCAAGAAGCUCCUGACCACUGUUCAGGAGCAGCAAACCAUGCAGCUCAAACUGAUCCACGAACGGCAGAGCAAAGAGAUGCGUGCCAACCAGGCAAAGAUGUCCAUGGAAAACAGUAAAGCUAUCAGCCAGGACAAGACCAUAAAAAACAAGGCAGAGAGAGAGAGGAGAGUGCGAGAACUAAACAGCAGCAACACUAAGAAGUUCCUGGAUGAGAGGAAGAGGCUGGCCAUGAAGCAUCAGAAGGAGAUGGAGCAGCUAGAGAAAAACCAGAGGGAACAGUUGGAUAAACUGGAGAAGUUCAAUGAGCAGCUUUUGAAAUCACACCAUGCAAACAAACAGGUUCAAGGCCAAGGACAUGCAGCAGAUGGUGAAGUUGGAGGAGGAGAUGGACCGCAGACCUGCCACGGUGGUGUGAGCGACUGAGACCGAGACACAACCACACAAACACAAACACUAACACACAGACACACACACACGCAGGUGCAGAAACACUCCACCGCGGAUAGCUCUCUACAACCCAGAGACAUAAACCCUGCCUACAUCACUGUCUCUGUACAUUUCUGUCAUGUUAACACACAAACACACAGUAGCCCCCCUCCCCCCACCACUCAGUUUCUGCCCCUUACCCCACCCACCAACAUUAUACCACUGAGCCAUUGGCGCUUACCGCUGUUUGACAGGGGGUUUAACCACUUAUCGAGAGAGGAAAUGUUACCUCGGAGACGAAGCAACACAGAGUCAGGCGCGCCCCCUCCUCGCUGUACGUAGAUCCAAAUUUUCUAUCUCCUUCAAUGUUCUCUGCAUCGCACGGGCAACACAAGCUGCAGCUAUUGAUGGACACACACACACACACAAACACCACACACACCCACACCACACAAACACUUACGGGAAGUGAUGUCCAUUCCCCUUUUGAUUUGUUUUGUUUUGGGUUUUUUUUGUUUGUUUUUUUAAAUCGGUACCCGAUUAACUGACAGCGUGGAAGAGGGGAGAAGAGUAUGUAUAAGAUUUAAUGUCAAUUCAGCACAAAUGAAUAAACUUUGUGAAAUACACUGUAUGCUACACACCAGUCCUGUCCUGAGCACUUUGUACUGUAUGUGAUAGGCCCUCAUAACAAUGUGGAAAAUGUAGCAGUGCACUACUGUAGGUUUUCUGUAUUUCAGUAAGAAUGUAUUUUUAAAAAAAAACACUGUAUGAAGGAGUGGCAAACCCCCUGCUGUGUCACCUAUUCCUACAAUGCAAGUUGUUUGACUACACAAAGAUGUAUUACUAAUUUUUUGUUGUUGUUCAGCAAUGUUACAGCCCAUGAUAAAAAGGCUUGCUGAGACAGAAGACUAGAAAGGGAUCACGAUUGAUGGAUUGAUGGUCAACUUCAUUGUUAAAGCCAAAUACCCAAUAGAUUGUGCUUCACUUUUACUUGAAAAUAAAAUGAUUAUACACGAUUUUUAAGUAGUGAAAGGGAAGCACGGUUAUUUUAUUGUUUGUGCUCAAUCAUUACAAGUUUACAUCUGCAAAACUCACUGUUUUAUACUCCUAAUUUUGGGCUCAAAAUCAUGUAUUCUAUGCAAAAAAAAAAAAAAAAAGAUUAACACAUACAUGAUUCCCUCAAAGUUCAGAGUGUAAAAAAUAUAGCAAAUCAAUCAGGACGAUCACAGUAGCCAACAGAAGCACAGGUACAGAUAUUACCGUAAUAGUAACUACAUUGUGGUUGCUUUGUGUAGCCUUUAAUGUAUUGAUUAAAAUUGUUGCAUCUCUACAAACCAAGGCAAUGAUAUUAGUAGUUACGACACGUAAUUGAAAAUAAGAUGAUAUAAUAAAGGGGGGAUGUACCAGUAAGUAAAAUGUUAAGUAGGAUUCAAAUAGCUCUUUGCAUUGAGGAGUUUUGCAUUUGAAACUCUUGUGAACAUUGUGCCCAAUCUGUAAUAAAUACAGUGGUAACUAAAUGAAUCCAUUCUUGGCAGCAUAUUAAUUCUGCUGUUAGACAUUGUUUUAAUUGACCAGCCCAUCACCAUCAGACAAGAACUUUGGCAGACAGAAGUCAAAGCAACCUCAUGUAGUCAGUUUCGCACUCAUUAAGACGUUGUUGAAGUGAAGUCCCUUAAUAGCUUCUUGACUGCACAUUAGCAAGCUCAGCUUGUAAUCCUCGUCAUUUUCCCUGCUGGCCUGUGGUCGGGGGAGACUGAACAAUUAUAACAGAUCUGUAACAAAGCCUGUGACAUGGCUGCCACCCACACCUAUACACACCAGGGAUUUCAGACAAGGCCUGUGUCCCAAACAGGUUCCCUCUAAAUGUUACUGUUAAUGGGACUAUAGAUAGCUUGAGGAAGCACUACUGUACGCAGCCCUGGCGACACUGCGGGACACAAAGCCACUGCAGAGAAAGAAAUGUGACUUGAAAGUACUAUUAUGAAGUAAUCCUGUGGGUACUGAAGUAUUUGUGCACACAUGAUCAUGCCAAGCAUUCACUUUGCAUCGUAUACCACUAAUAAAGAUCGACCAAACUGACAAAAGUCAGAAUUCUGAUAAUAUGAAAACACACAAAAAAAAUGGGGAUAAAGGCACCUGUAGGUGUUUUGGCCUUUUUAAAAGAUUUCUUUCUGUUGUUUUAUUCUGCUGUAACACGCAUAAAGGGUAGACAGGAUGUUUUUGUAUAUACUGGAAUGUAUGUAGUUUAAUUUACUUUUUGACCAAUUGUCCUCUGUCAUACAAGGGCUCACGGGACAGAGUGAGUCUGUUGGAUGUUGGGGAAAGACAUUUAUCAACCACUGGGUUUUCUUCUUGUUUGUUCUUUUGGUUUCGGUUCUCCAGUCUGCCCUCACUGCACCACACACAGUAUAAAGCUCUCACCACAUAUCUAGUGCAGAGAUAAACGAGUAAAAGUGCUUUUAAAUUUUAUUCCAUCGCUUUCAAAUGUGCCACUCGGUGUCUGUUAGGAAGUUAAAAUUAUUUUAUGACUGAUAAAAUGCCAAAUUAAGGGGUUAUUUAUAUGAAGAUAUAUAUAAAUAAAUGAAUAUAUAUAUUAUAUAUAUUAGAUAUAAUGUGUAGUUUAAGAUUAUUAUGUUUGUUAGAGGCUUUUUUGCACUAGUUGAAUGUUUCUGUUGUGUGAUUACAUGUAACCUUUGGCUCUCUAGUUUGUCAAAAAAAGCAGAUUAUUUUUGCAGAGCAAUGUCACCGGUUUGAUUUCCUCAGUUUCUACUGUAUCUCCUCUUUGUUUUCUAUUUGAACUGUAGCUUGUCAACAAACCAUUAUGUGCGUGUUUUUGUAUUUAUAUUGUAUUGUUGAACUUAAAGCAAUGAAAAUACUGUUGUUAUCCAGCUCCUUUAAUACUGUUUUAUAGUAUGUGUACCAAUAAAACCAGGUGUAAAAUGGGACAUCA